AUGAUUCAUAUCACUCAUAAUACAAACAAUAAUACUUUGACAUCCUCCAAUCACCAAAAGUUUGGUAAACAUAUUCUUGCUGCUGCAAAAGACCAAGAAAGAAAUGCCAAUGUUUUUGAUAAACGAAGCUCGCUUCCAACAAACCAAAAGCAACUACGUAAAUCAAGGUCGCUCACAACCGACAAACCCAAUUUAAUGGUUGAUAUGACAUUGAAACGUAGAUCGACUGGUUGUAUUCGUCAACCAUCUUAUUACAGUUCAACAUCGAAUAAUAAUACUGCCGUAACCAAGGAAAUCUGGCGUCCUCCUGGUUUCUACGAAAUCCCAAAUGUAUUUGGUCCUGAUUGUUUCUUAAAAUCAGAGCCCUACAAAGAAAAUACAUUCAGUUUACGUGAAUACCCAUCCAGCAAUAAAUUCGCAGAAAAGAGACGUUGGUAUCCUGUAGGUCCCACCACAGAAAUUCCUCAAUUACCUCCUCUUGUACGCUCUGAAAAUGAAUUCGAACGAAGAAUUCGUAAAGCUCUAUCACAUCAAAAGAAGAUUUCCGUAUCUACGUUGGAUCCUCGUAACAAGUAUGCUGGAUUUAAAGAAGUCGGCACAGGUGUAAACGGCUCCGUCGUACGUGCUACUCACAAGUACAAAAAGAACCUUCAUUUAGCUAUUAAAAGAUGUCGACUAGACCCCGAUCGUGAAUAUAAAGCAGCCAUCGUAAGAGAACUCCGUAUCAUGUCUUCUGGUCACGCAAAUUUGAUUCGACUUCGUGAGGUGACUUUGUGGCGUGAUGAUGUUUGGAUGGCUAUGGACUUGAUGCGUUGUUCUGUCUUUGCUGUACUCUGUCAACGUGGUAUUCCUGAAGAACAUACUAUCCAUAUUGCUUGUGAAACCCUCAAGGCUUUGCAUUACUUGCAUUCAAAGGGAUUCAUUCAUCGCGACAUUAAAUGUGAGAAUCUGUUACUAGGCUGGAAUGGUGAAGUCAAGCUGGCUGACUUUGGGCUGGCUACUCGUACAACCAAACGUAAUCGUGACCGACUGGGUACAAGCAAAUGGAUGGCACCCGAAGUUAUUCGGGAACAAUAUUAUAAUGAAAAGAUUGACAUGUGGUCACUUGGUAUCACCGUCAUUGAAAUGAUGGAUCGUGUUCCUCCCCAUUAUCUUAUUAAGGAUGAAAUGGAAUUAUUCUCCACUGUCUUGACUGAACCCAGUCCAACAUUCACUUAUAGUUAUCCUACCAUGUACAUGCGUGGUUUGGUUGCCUGGUUAUUAGACGAAGUACCACAAACAAGACCCACAGCAAAGGAUGUUCUUUCCGAAAUCGAUGCUCAUGUUCAAAGCAAAUUAUUGAAGUGUUCAACCUCUGUUGAGCUUGCAAGAUUCGUCAAUCAUGUUUUACCUACAUGUUAA